AUGGCUCUGCCUCUGAGGUCCUUGAGUCGGGGCUUGGCAAGCGCAGCCAAGGGAGAGCAUGGAGGGACAGGAGCCAGCACCUGGCGCCUCCUGACCUUGGUGCUGGCGCUCCCGAGCGUGGCCCUCUGCACCCUCAACUGCUGGCUCCACUCGGGCCACCACGAGCGCCCCGAGUUCAUCCCCUACCACCACCUCCGGAUCCGCACCAAGCCCUACUGCUGGGGGGACGGCAACCAUACUCUUUUCCACAAUCCCCGCGUCAACCCUCUGCCCACGGGCUACGAACGCCCCUGAGGCCUCGGUGGGCGCCCCAGGGAACAAUAAAGAUGUG